UACAUUUGCCAGUCGCUCGAGCCAGCUGCUGCUUUAUCUCUCAUGCACGUGGAAUGCUCCUGUGGAACUUCGAUUUAACCUAUUUGAAACAAAACUUUCUUCCCACUCUAUGGUUGUUUUUAAUUGCAAAACAAACUUCUUUUUAACGCAGCCUACAUCUUUUUCUUGGAAAUAGCCGGCGCCUCAUGUUAGUCGAGUUUUUUUUCCUUAUUAUUCACCGAGACUUGAUAAAGCGUAGCCUAUCUGUUUGCCGCCACACAUCAGCAGCACAAUUCAUAUUGGAAUAUGUACGCGGUGUAGCUGCUGAAAAGUGAAAGUGCAGCUGGAUUUGCAACGGGCACCUAAUUAUGGUGGACAAAGGUCCACUAUUGACAUCUGCUAUUAUUUUUUAUCUGUCCAUUGGGGCAGCAAUAUUUCAAGUUCUCGAGGAGCCGAAUUGGAAACUUGCUGUGAAACAAUACACCGCUCAAAGGGAGAAAAUUCUAAAAGACUACCCAUGUCUUACAAAAGAUGACUUGGACAAGAUUCUUGAGGUGGUCUCCGAUGCUGCAGGACAAGGUGUAACAAUAACUGGAGAAAAAACCUUCAACAACUGGAACUGGCCAAAUGCGGUCAUCUUUGCUGCAACGGUUAUCACAACGAUAGGUUAUGGCAACAUUGCUCCUAAAACCCCUGCUGGCAGGGUCUUCUGCAUUUUCUACGGACUCUUUGGAGUGCCCCUAUGUUUCACAUGGAUCAGUGAGUUGGGCAAGUUUUUUGGUGGUCGGGCAAAACACUUGGGCCAUUUUCUCACCAAGAGAGGGGUCUCAUUGAGGAAGACUCAGAUCACUUGCACCGCCAUCUUUCUGCUAUGGGGCCUAGUGGUGCAUCUGAUCAUUCCGCCUUUUGUCUUCAUGUCACAAGAGGGCUGGACCUACAUUGAAGGCUUAUACUUCUCCUUUGUCACGUUAACAACAAUUGGUUUUGGUGACUUGGUAGCAGGUAUCGACCCCAAUGCAGACUACCCGACUUUGUACCGCUACUUUGUGGAGGUGUGGAUUUACUUGGGUUUGGCUUGGCUCUCUCUCUUCUUCAACUGGAAAGUGAGGAUGGUGGUGGAAGCCCACAAGGCUCUCAAAAAGCGCAGGAAGCGUCGCAAGCUCUCGCUGGACGAGUCACACCACCACCAACACUACAAGGAGAGCCCCAAAACUCUACAUCUUCCCCCCUCUUCGAAGGAAGUCAAUAUAUUCAGCUUCCUCUCCAAGAGACAGGAGGGCUACAGUGACCUCAUCAAACAAAUGGGCUCAAAGAAUGUGAAUGGUUGCCAUGGUGCUAGCAAAAUGACUGCUCCCAGUGCCGGAGCCAAAGUUCCUAACCGUUCCAAGAGCUGCAGCGAUACGGUUGCCACCAACGGUAACCCCAUUCUUAACCUGGAUCGAUCCCCGAGGCAAAAGCGGCGUUACAGUUUCAGCGACCGAGUUACCGUGGCCUUUUCAAAGUCCAAAAACUACUUACUGGGUCAGGAUAGUGGGUUGCUCUUGAAUGAGGUCCAAAGCGAAGCGGACUUGGAAGAGGACCAGGAGAGGAUGUAUGAAAACCAACUGGACAAGGAUGCCGGAGAGAACCGUCGAGGCCAAGGCAUUUGCAGCUUCAGUGGCAGCAGACACACAUGGGACUCUAAAGAACACCAAACGAGGAUCUUCCAGCCGGCCAACAUCUCUUUUAUAGAUGAAGAAAACCUACACUACAACAUGGACGAUGCCUGUGAUGCCAAGGCUAACUUUUCCGUGACAACUGAGGAAAAUUUAGACUCAGAAACGGACUCGAAGGAGGAGGACGACGACUCGGAGUCCGAGGAGUCCGUUUUCACCACAGAUGGGUCAGACAAUUGCCACUCCUAUGAGCAGCUGGUAGAGGAAUACUCUAAAGAGGACAACACUGAAUCUUGAAUCUUGUCAUUCUUUUUUUUUUUUUUAAGUAUAUUUUUUUGGCCUUUAUUAUGAUAGGACAGUGAAGACGUAGACAGGAAACAAGUGGGAGAGAGAGAUGGGGUGGGAUCGGGAUAUGACCGCAGGCCGGAUUCGAACCUGGGUCCCCGUGGGCACUCGGGCCCGUAAAUGGUACGGGCGCUGUAGCCUGCUGCGCCACAGCGCCCCCCGAAUCUUGUCAUUCUUAAUGCUGGUGGAGCUUGAACACAAAGUGCCGAACAGUAUUUUUCUUUUAUCUGAAAAACUAUAAAUGAAGGACUUGAAAUGAUUUUGGAUUUAAAUCGUCCAUUCACCUUGACCAGUGAUCCAUGGACUUAAAUCAUAUCUUUCAGUUAGAAGUAAGUUAUCAAAGUAAGUGUCCAGUUGGAUGUUUUGUCUUUUUUUUCAUCUGAGUAUCUGUUAUUCACUUGAAAUGGCAACUACCAUUCGCUAAUGAACAGUUUUUUUUUUUAAAGAUUUCAUAAGACGGUCUCAAAUAGCUCUUCUCUGUGAAAGUGUGUUGUAUGUAUUUCAAAAUUGAUUUAUAUUGUUAAAAUCAAGUUCAGUGUUUCAAGUAAAAAUGUAUCAACUGAUGAUAGCCUAUGAUCCAAGUUCUAUGAUCAAGUUUGAUUGUUUUAUGAAGAAUUAGGGAAAAGAUUAUCUUGAGGAGUCGACUCGGAUAUCUUUCCUUCAUAUACACCAUAUUGGUGUUGUAUUUUCACUCAGAGUAUGGUUGUUUUCCCUCUAUUUUAUUAUUAUAUCCUGUAUUUUCAAGAUUGUAUCCUCCUCCCCAUUUCAAUCACUUAAUGCAUCUAAACCUCUAUCUAAGCCUUGGUUAUAUUCAGCAAAUGUACACUAAAUGUAUGUUGGAGCGGACAUUGGCCAGUUGUUAUGGCAAGCAUAACAGGUUUGGCUCACAAGGCUGAAGGAAAUGCAACAAGGCCAUUUAUUGGUGAAAGCCAUUGCUGACUCGUGCCUAAAGAAAAUCGACAGAAACAAUGAGGUUUUGCUCAGCUUGUGUCUAGGCAUUACAUGCUCAGUGGUUUAAAAUAACUAUUCUGGUGCAUGCUUCCUGAUGGAUAUUUAACAACAUUCAUAUGCACAUGCACACACACAUUGUCAGUGUUCUACAACGUUCAGUUUUUAUUUCUUUUUAUUCUCAAUGAUUGUAGUUGCCAGCCAAGGAAAUGUGUACAAUCCAAGUAAAUGAUAGGAUCAAGUAGGGUGCUAUUUGCCAUAGGAGGUGAGGGGGAUUCGUUUGUACUGUAUAUCCCUGCCUCAGCUGCCAAAUGUCUAUUAAACAAUAAAAUCAAAUAUUUAUCUAA